AUGCCGGCGUCGGGAACUCGCCACCAGCGCCGCGACCCCAGCCCCGAUCACACGCUCACAAGCCCACACCUCGCCCCAGCCUCCCAGCCCCUGGAGCCGGGACCCAGCUUGUCCCUGACAAGCUCUGCAGAGGGCAGGGAUGUCAGCAGGCCGCCGGCAGCUGGCGGCGCUGGUAAGCAGAUCGCUCCCCCAUGGAGCCGACUCCCGGCGUCCCGGACGCCCGCCCGCAGCCCCCGCCCCUCCUGCGGCCCCGGCGGCGGCGUCACUGCCCUGCGUCCUGAGGGGCCGGGCCUCGAGCAUCCUCCAGGAGGAGGGCAGGGCGGCCGCAUCCUGGCCCGCACCGCAGGGCGGCCGCGCUCGCCGCCUCUCCCGGAGCCCCGCCCCAACCCGCGGGGCCUCGCCGCGCUGCUGGCGGGGGUCCACUCCGCCGCCCCGGCGCCCCGGGACCACGGCUACCUCGGCCUUGGCCUGCGCGCGGGACCCCAGGGUUCCAUGGCCACCGACGAGGUUCCUGGCGAAUCGAAUGUUCCCAAACGAAUGCCCAGGAAGGGAAGCCUCCGUCUCCACUGCACCAGACCCGACCUUCCAGGCCCACCCCUCCACCUGCCGCAGCUUCCCCUGAACUCCGAGAACGCGCAGCGCCCACCUGCCCGGCUCCUCCGCGCGCGUCCCCGAGCCCAGCCCUCGCCCAGCCGCCGCCACCACGCUCCCACGGGAGCAGACCCGGCCCGCCCCGCCCUCAGCAGGGCCUUGACAUCUCCGCCCCACAAACCGGCCGCAGCUGCGCCACGGAGCGCGCGGGCCAGGGUCGGGGUCUGA